AAAGAGCAAAGAAGAGAUAGAAAAGCUGGCUCUUUCUGUCAACGAGCUAGCAAAUGAAAUAUAUGCACUAGACUGUGAUUUCAAGAAAGAGCAUUUACAAUUUCUUAAUAUUAUUAAAAAUCUAGAACACCUAUCCGAUAUAAGUCCAGACCAGAAAAAGCACAUAGCCAAAAAGAUAGAGGAGUUUGCAGAAGCACAAGGCAUGGAAGUAGAAAAGAUAGAGGUAGAAAUGCCUAAAAAGAUGGAAGUAGAUGAGUUAUCAGAUGAUGAAAUGGAGGUAGAUGAACUAGGGAGAAAAAAAGUCUUUGCACCAACUGUAAAAGAAGCCAAGCUGAAGAUAGAUGUGAGAGAGAUGCUACAAGCAUGCAUAUUUAUCAAUGCGCCAGGCUCAAAGGUAGUUCUUGAGCACAGCACCCCAAAAGAGCAUUUGGCUAUACUGGAGAGUAUGCUUAAUGAAAACAUAGAAAUAGAAAGUGAGCAGUACAGUAAAAUAGAAAAAGAAAAGAUUUUAAAGAUACUUAAAACGAACAUCAGAAAGUACUUUGCAUACGAUGAAAAUGGAUUGUAUUUUAUGCGCGCCCUGCAUACUGCAUUAAGGGAUAGAAAUGAAGGAGAGAUUAUAGACUGUUUUAUCCAUCUAGUCAAUGAAAUUAUAAAGCCAAACACGCUCAUAUACAGCCCAGAGCACGGGAUAAACAGAAAAAAUGAAAAAGUAGAGAAAAUAAUAAAAUUAGCUGAUGACAGUGACAAUAUAGACACCAAAACAUACACAUUGAAGAUCGAUGACACAAAGUUUGAGAGCCUGGAUAGCUUGCUUGAGUCUGCGACAGAGAGUCUAGAUAGAGAGGCAUUCGCCAGCACUGUCGACAUGAUAAACCAGGUGGGCAUGAACAUGAAUGUUCUAAAAAAAUACUCCG